AUGUCCGAUUCCUCCAAGCGGAGCCGUGACGCUGGUGCGGCGUCGUUUUCUGCCGUUCAGAUCGGUCGUCGUUGGAAGUGUCGGCGUUUCGAUGGGCUUUCGGUUCUUCCUGAGUACAUUGAUAGUGGUGAUUGUAGUUGGGUGUGUGAAUAUUGCGGUGCGUUUUUCUGGUACGUAGAGAGGGCUCUUAAUAUGUUGACAGUUGCUCACCCAAGGUAUACCCAUUAUUGUACAGGCGGUAGUGUUGUUCUUCCGUAUCCUUCUAGGUUUCAGUCUCAGUUUAUUGCCCUGUAUGAAAGUCAAAAAAAAUUAAAGGAUGUUAGGGCUUACAAUAGUAUGUUUUCGAUGACUUUUUUUGGGGCUAAUGUAGAUGACGACGUGAAUGAUAGUCGUGUCCCAUAUGUUUUUAAGGUCUCCGAACAGACCAGUCACAAAAUUGGGUCCUUCGCGCCUGACCCUGUAAAAGGACCGAGGUUUUUGCAACUUUACUUAGUUGAUAUAGAUCACGAAGUUGAAAAUCGAUUGAGGGCUUUUGACGGUCCCAGACCAACAACUUUGGAUUCAACUGUUAUUAACUAUCUGAGCCGGGUUUUAGCUGAAAGUAAUGAAUAUGUUCGAACCUUUAAGAAUGCAAAGCAGAUGGCUGAAGAAAUGGAUUUGGAAUCGUAUGUUGUCUGA